AUGUCAAACUUAGAGCUACCAAGCCGAAGCUUACUUGCUGUCAUAACUGAGGCAAUUGCAUGCGUUUCAUUGAACAUCACAAGCAUCAUUGGAAACAGUCUGGUUUGUAUAGCAGCAUACAGAAACACAAACCUGCGAUCAACCACAAACCUGUAUAUCAUUGCUUUAGCGGUCAGCGAUCUACUGUGUGGAACAGUAAACAUGACGUUAGCUUCUGCAACGCUGAUCAUCGGAAGAUGGGACUUUGGCGACGCUUUAUGCCAAUUUCAAGGCUUUUUUGAUAUGUUCACCUCUCAGGUGACCCCAGCAACUCUUGGUCUGACAGCAAUUAACCGCUACGUGAAAAUUGUAAAGACAAGCCAUUACAAGAGGAUUUUUUCGCCCCGCAGAUCUAAGAUAUGGCUGAGUUGCUUGUGGCUUUCUCUUGCACUUUACCUGUUGAUUGCCCGUGCCACAAAUUGGGUUAAAAUCGAUUUUAUUCAAAGCUAUGCAGUGUGCUCCUUUAAUUACCCAACUAAUGAAAGUCAAAUCGUUCAUUAUUCCAUCACUGUCGGAUUACUUUUUGUUUUACCGUUGUGUGUCGGCAUUUUCACUUAUCAUAAGAUAUUUCUGAAAACCCAUGAGCAUCAACAGAAUGUAGUGCCAUCGCUACGGAACUGUACUGACAAUGCUGCAGUAAGCAACACAGUGAAAGAAAUAAAGCUUACUCGAAUGUUGAUCCUUGUGGCAGCGGGAUUUUUGUGUUGCUGGAUACCAAUGUGGGCACUUGUCCUCUGGUUUCGCUUUUCCCCUGAAACCAGCUCAAGAAUUACAGCAUUGCUUGCCGUUUUUUUCUUUUAUAUGAGUGCUGUAAUAAAUCCCAUCAUUUACGCCUUUACAAAUGGCGAGUUCCGCAGGGAGUUUCGCAAACUGCUCUGUUGCCGCCGUGAAAGGUCAAGAAUUGUGCCAAAGAAAGCUGCUGCGUUUACCAGCAACGAGCUCGUCGAACGAGAGGAACAAGGAGCAAACUUUUAAGUCUAGUGAAUUUGUGUUAGUAAAACAUCCUCUUUUAAAAACAGGACGGAAAAGUUAUUCCAUUCUUUUUUAUCUUUUUUAUCUUUUUUAUUACGGUUGCUUUUUGUCAUUGCUGUUUCUUGCUGUUGGUCGGUUUUGUUUUGUUUUCUACUAUGCUUUAGGGAAACCAGUUGGAUAAUUUAUAGACGCCUUAAAAAAGAGAAAGUGGUAAGGGAGAGAGAGACGGGGAGAGAGAGAGUAAUAUCGCAGAAGGCGCCUUUUUGAAAUUUCAAACAAACCUGAAUAAAAAAAUCAAAUUACUGGCCUCGACUUGAGUAGUUUCUUUUGAGGUGCUAAUUUAGUUAUUGUUUGCCAAAGAAAGCUUCUUAGAUGUGGAAAGCGGUGUUGCUCGCAUCAAUCAGACCCCGCUGUCUAAUAUUAUAAACUAUUUAUGGUGACUUCUCCUUGCCUAGUGCUGAACACGAGAAGACGACAUCAGUUCACUUCUAAAUUGUGGAAGGGUUGUGAGUAAGAACUGGAUAGGUUUUUCUAUGCGUGUGAUGAAAAUACAAUGAAUUGCAAUUUGAAUUUGGCAAGCACGAUGAUAAAAUCGUUCAGUAUAACCUUUUGCUUCUUCAGAAUUUUUCUAUCUAUAACGUCAAAGCUUUUUCAGAUCCAAGGGCUUGAUGGUUAAAUGGAAAAUAAAUUAAUUUUAUUCGACUUUCCGUUUGUUAACAGCCAGCUUCUAAAGCAGAAUAACUUUCCCCUGAGUUUCUCUUUCUGAUGCCUGUGAUGUAAUCAGUAACUUAUUUUCUAUCCUCGAACAUAAGAUUUUUUUCUAAAUUCAUAACAAAUUAGCACAAAACGCUUUUAGUUGAUUAGAGGUGACGCUCAGUCGUUUAUGAAAAACUACAAGAGGACCAGAAAAGCCCUUGUUCACAAGAAAAAAAUUGAAAGUUCCGGUUCAAAGAGUGCAAUCACCUUUAGAGACAUUCCCCAAACUAUUUCUAUGAAUAAUUUUCCAUAUAGGCGCUUUCAUUUGCAAUCAUGAUUACAACAUAAUUAACAGCCGCCUACUAAGAACGUUGUAGGAUAUUUCGGAAUCAGUUUCCCAACAUAGCUUAUUAUUCGAAAGUCAUAUUUAAGCGGGUUUUUUUGUCGAUUUCACGAAGAUGAUUGUAAUGAAAAUCAUAUUGGCGCAAAGUUAAGCUCUUGGGUUUUAUUUAGGUGUAAUUUUUAUUUAGUUUGGCUGUGGUGAUUAAAAAAGAAGAGUCACAUAUCUUUACAACUUUUUAUGGAAAUUUGAUCCAGCUUUUGCUAUAAAUUUCUCAGAGGUUCUUGCUCCGUUUGCGUUGAAAGUGUCAAAUGAUAUUGACGAAUGUAUUGGCUAAAAAAUCAUGUAAAUGGUGCCUAGUUUGAAUAGAUUGAUAUAAAGUUAAAGGUGGUUAAAAAGGAGGCUUUGGUUCCCUAAUCCCCCCCUUGUCGUAUCAAACGAAAAGAGUACUACCCUGAGAUCUGAGAGUAUUCGUGGGGCACUCCCCGGAGGUUGGCUACACCAGCUCGUGUUUGAUCCCUGACGAACCUCCUCGACCUACUGGGGGUAUCAUCGAGUAACCAGCUCGAAUUAUUUUUGCCAGGAUAUUUACACAUAUACAACGGUAUAAUAAUUAAAGUUUUAGAAUUAUAUUUACACUUCUAUCUACAGCAGUAUUUACAAUAAAUAAAAGUUUUAAUUGAGCAGUUUAUAUGUACAGUUCUAUCUGACUGAGGGUUGUAGAGGUCAGGAUUUAUUUGGAGACCCGCCUCCUUCGGAAAAAGUUUUUAACUUUUUAAUAGCACCUGACCUCUCCUUUCUGGGCCAAGAUGUGUUUUAACACGUUAUCUUCCCGUAACAAAGCAAUACUUUCUUGCCUCAGCGAUCGCCCACGGCCUGCGUGACGAUCCUGUAAAGCGCCUAGACUGGAGUCAUUUUCAAAGGGCAAGUCAUCUUGUCUGGAAAAUUGGGAGGCCCUGGCACUGUUCGUCCGGAGGCGGACGAAGUCACUGAUCUCUUUAUCAUGCUGAAGUCUGCCACGUGGCGCCUAACGUGGAGAUCUGUCCUGCAGACGUUUCUGACCUCAUGGCGCGUCAUGAUCAGGAGCUGUUUUAACACAUAAUCUUCCCGAAACAAAUAGCAAUACUUAAUAACCCCCCUAUCAAGAAGCGCCCCUGCUGCCUAAAAAAUCUCCGUCAAGCGCUUCUUGAUGGUCCCAGACCUGAAACAUUGUUCAUCGUCUUUAACGAAUGAUUGGUCCUCUUCUUCCUGGGCAAAGUGAGGCCUGAUGUUACUGGUGUAAAUUGACAUCCACCUGUGCAGCGUCUUAUCUGCCGGCUCGUUGUCAUGUGAUGGUCGACAAGCAACGUCCACGUCUUUGUGGCCCUACAGAAAACUGCCUGGUCGAAACGUUGCUCAAGUGCGUUCUCCAGUGGCUCAGGUCGAGAUGCAGAUGUCCCUUCUGUAGAUGGUGUCCAUGUCCACUGCUAGGACAAACUAAAAUGUUCUGUAUAUUUCAAUUUCAUAGACAGCGUUGACAAAUUGGCAAAAGCAAUUUAAUUACCCAAAUUUAAAUUAUUUCCUUAACGUUUAAAUAACCAUUGGACUUAAGAAGAUAAAAAUCCAUUGCAUUCUGUUAGUGUGAGAGAGAUUCGAUGGAAGUGCAUUUUUCGAGCUAAUUUUAGCCUUAUACCCCGUGAUUUGAUGUGGGGGCCCUAAUACUCCAAGGAUUAGACGGGAACCCGAACUACUUUGGAUUCUUGAAUAACUCGUUGACCCUCACAAACUAUGAAAGUUUGAAAGAAAUCGGUGUGAUGGCAUGUGUCACGCCUGCCCGGCCCUCACGUGAACAGACUCUUAAUCCAUUAACUCACUUAUAUGUUUACUUAUUAGUUUUUUUCUAGAGCUACCAAUGCGAAGCUUUGCUGCUAUCAUAACUGAAGCGAGUGUAUGUGUUGCUUUGAGCGUCACAAGCAUCAUUGGAAACCGUCUGGUUUGUAUAGUAGCAUACAGAAACACAAAACUGCAAUCAACUACCAACCUCUAUGUCAUUGCUUCAGCAGUCAGCGAUCUGCUAUGUGAAACAGCGGUAAUGCCUUUAGCCUCUGUAACUGAUUAUUGGAAGGUGGAAUUUAAUCGAUUCCGUAGACCAAAGUCAAGGUUUUGUUGGUAUAUUCAGCACUGACGUGACCCUGGCAACUCAUGGUUUGAUCGCGUUCAACCGAUAACCGUUAAAGUAAGCAGAACCGUAGGAUUAAUCGAAAAAUUACGACACUUUCUGUCAACGCAUACCCUCUUAAAUAUAUACCAAGCUCUUUAGCUCCUCUAUACUCUCCCACCGACGCAGCACCACAGUUUCUUUAGAAACUUACCCCUUUAUUCUUUAGCUCCUUACCUAACAUACGGUCUGACAGUAUGGGAUCAGGCUUGUAAAUCUUACCUUGACAAACUCCUAAAGUUGCAGAAACGAGCUCUUCGCUAUUUCAGAUCUAUAUCAAGAUACAUCUAAUGUUCAUUCUUACAAUACACGUUCUUCUGCCUCUAAUAACUUCUAUACCAAACCUUCUAGGCUAUCCGUUCAAGCGAAUUCCUUCUCUCGAAUAGGAGUAAAAGUGUGGAAUGUAAUACCUCAAGCAUUAAGAAAUCUUUCCGAAAAUGCGUUUAAAAGAAAACUCAAACAAAUUUUAUUCAACAUAUUAGGUUCCCAAGACUCUUAAAAAGAUUUAUCUGAGAUUAUACAAAAUGUAAAAUCCUGGUAAUACUUCUCCUGAUCUGUCCUGACUAUUUUUAUAAACAGUAGCUGUACCUUUAAUAUUUUAAAUUGGGUCAAUGUAACGGUUUUUUCUUGUUGUUACUUAAUGCUGUCUCUUUGCCUUCUACUUUUUAGUUCUGUUUUUAACAUAUCUUUGUAGUUCGGUUAUUAAGGCAUGGCCUGCCUAGAUUAGCCUUUGCUAGUUGCGGGCAUGCCCUUUUCCGUAAAAUUUAAUCGGAAAUUAAUAAAGUGUGUGUGUAUAUGUAAAAAUUGUGAAGACGAACCACUACAAGUAGAUUUUUUCGCCCCGCAGAUCUAAGAUAUGGUUGAGUUGCUUGUGGCUUUCCCAAGCACUUUACCCGUUCAUUGCCCGAGUUACAAAUUCGGCAAAAAUUUAUUCGAAGUUAUGCAAUGUGCUCCUUUACUUACCCAAGUAGGGAGAGUCAAAUCUUUCAUUAUUGUAUCGCUGUCGGAUUGCUUCUUGAUUUACCAUUAAGUAUCGGUAUUUUCAGUUAUUACAAGAUAUUUCUCAAAACCAAUGAGCAUCAACAUAAUGUAGUCUCGUGGCCACAGAACAGGACUGAAAGAAAUAAACAUUAAUUGGGUACUGUUAUACGUGGCCGCAGGCUUUUUGUGUUGGUGGAUACCAAUGUGGGCACACACUCUCUGGUUUCGAUUUUCCUUUGAAACCUGCGCAAGAAUUGCAGUUUUGCUAGCAACUUUCCUCUACUAUUUUAGUGCAUUUCGAAAGCAAUUUCAGAACCUGCUCGUUGUCACCGUGAAAAGGCAAGAGAUCUGCGAAAUGUAG